AUGGCUCCGCCGGAUAAACCGCCUCCAGUUUGGGAGAGAGAGGCUGUAGGCUCACUGGGAGAUGUUGUUGGAGGAGGUGGAGAGGGGUUUGGCACUGGCGAUGGGGAGGGUGUUGGCACUGGGGACGGGGAGGGUGUUGGCACUGGCGAUGGGGAGGGUGUUGGCACUGGCGAUGGGGAGGGUGUUGGCACUGGCGAUGGGGAGGGUGUUUGCACUGGCGACGGGGAGGGUGUUGGCACUGGCGACGGGGAGGGUGUUGGCACUGGCGACGGGGAGGGUGUUGGCACUGGCGACGGGGAGGGUGUUGGCACUGGCGACGGGGAGGGUGUUGGCACUGGCGACGGGGAGGGUGUUGGCACUGGCGACGGGGAGGGUGUUGGCACUGGCGACGGGGAGGGUGUUGGCACUGGCGACGGGGAGGGUGCUGGCACUGGCGACGGGGAGGGUGUUGGCACUGGCGACGGGGAGGGUGUUGGCACUGGCGAUGGGGAGGGUGUUGGCACUGGGGAUGGGGAGGGUGUUGGCACUGGCGAUGGGGAGGGUGUUGGCACUGGCGACGGGGAGGGUUUCGGCACUGAUGAUGGGGAGGGUACAAUCCUGCAGCAGCAGCCGCCGCCGGCCUGCAGCAGCAGACGCCUCCGCCCUGCAGCAGCAGCCGCCGCCAGGCCUGCAGCAACAGACGCCGCCGCCCUGCAGCAGCAGCCGCCGCCAAGCCUUCAGCAGCAGCCGCCAGGCCUGCAGCAGCAGCCGCCGCCAGAGCCUGCAGCAGCAGCCGCCGCCAGAGCCAGCAGCAACCGCCGCCAGAGCCUGCAGCAGCAGCCGCCGCCAGCGCCUGCAGCAGCUACCACCCCUGGACCCGGUACGCUCUGUGCUGCCCUGCCUGUGCUGCCCUGUGCUGCCCGUGUCUGUGCUGCCCUGUGCUGCCCGUGCCCUUGCUGCCUGUCCCUGUGCUGCCUGUGCCUGUUGCUGCCUGUGCCUGUGCUGCCCGUGCCUGUGCUGCCCGUACCUGUGCUGCCCGUGCCUGCUGCUGCCCGUGCCUGUGCUGCCCGUGCCUGUGCUGCCCGUGCCUGUUGCUGCCCGUGCCUGUGCUGCCCGUGCCUGUGCUGCCCGUGCCUGUGCUGCCCGUGCCUGUUGCUGCCCGUGCCUGUGCUGCCCGUGCCUGUUGCUGCCCGUGCCUGUGCUGCCCGUGCCUGUGCUGCCCGUGCCUGUGCUGCCCGUGCCUGUGCUGCCCGUUGCCUGUGCUGCCCGUGCCUGCGCUGCCCGUGCCUGCGCUGCCCGUGCCUGUGCUGCCCGUGCCUGUGCUGCCCGUUGCCUGUGCUGCCCGUGCCUGCGCUGCCCGUGCCUGUGCUGCCCGUGCCUGUGCUGCCCGUGCCUGUGCUGCCCGUGCCUGUGCUGCCCGUGCCUGUGCUGCCCGUGCCUGUGCUGCCCGUUGCCUGUGCUGCCCGUGCCUGCGCUGCCCGUGCCUGUGCUGCCCGUGCCUGUGCUGCCCGUGCCUGUGCUGCCCGUGCCUGUGCUGCCCGUUGCCUGUGCUGCCCUUGCCUGCGCUGCCCGUGCCUGUGCUGCCCGUGCCUGUGCUGCCCGUGCCUGUGCUGCCCGUGCCUGUGCUGCCCGUGCCUGUGCUGCCCGUGCCUGUGUUGCCCGUUGCCUGUGCUGCUAGUGCCUGCGCUGCCCGUGCCUGUGCUGCCCGUGCCUGUGCUGCCCGUGCCUGUGCUGCCCGUGCCUGUGCUGCCCGUGCCUGUGCUGCCCGUGCCUGUGCUGCCCGUUGCCUGUGCUGCCCGUGCCUGCGCUGCCCGUGCCUGUGCUGCCCGUGCCUGUGCUGCCCGUGCCUGUGCUGCCCGUGCCUGUGCUGCCCGUUGCCUGUGCUGCCCGUGCCUGCGCUGCCCGUGCCUGUGCUGCCCGUGCCUGUGCUGCCCGUGCCUGUGCUGCCCGUGCCUGUGCUGCCCGUGCCUGUGCUGCCCGUGCCUGUGCUGCCCGUUGCCUGUGCUGCCCGUGCCUGCGCUGCCCGUGCCUGUGCUGCCCGUGCCUGUGCUGCCCGUGCCUGUGCUGCCCGUGCCUGUGCUGCCCGUGCCUGUGCUGCCCGUGCCUGUGCUGCCCGUUGCCUGUGCUGCCCGUGCCUGCGCUGCCCGUGCCUGUGCUGCCCGUGCCUGUGCUGCCCGUGCCUGUGCUGCCCGUGCCUGUGCUGCCCGUGCCUGUGCUGCCCGUGCCUGUGCUGCCCGUUGCCUGUGCUGCCCGUGCCUGCGCUGCCCGUGCCUGUGCUGCCCGUGCCUGUGCUGCCCGUGCCUGUGCUGCCCGUGCCUGUGCUGCCCGUGCCUGUGCUGUCUGUGCCUGUUGCUGCUCGUGCCUGUGCUGCGAGUGCGUGUGCUGCCCGUGCCUGUUGCUGCCCGUGCCUGUGCUGCCCGUGCCUGUUGCUGCUCGUUCCUCGUGCUCGCGCCCUCGUGCGCUCUGCUACUGUCUGCGCCCCCGUUUCCGGGUAUGGGGGUGGCUGGUGUGCAGUCCUCCCUUUCCUCCUCCUCCUUCGUCUCCCACUGCUGCAGCUGUCGCUGA